CGUGUACAGAAUUCGUUCGCCCGACUGUCAACGGUUCGCCGACUGCAGGAUGAGUCGAUUAAUUAACCAAACAAUAAAUAUUUAAUAUCGAAAUGCUUAUUUGUCAUUUGAAAACUGUAAAACGCUCAUUACCAGGCAGGUGGCUUCUUAACAAAAAACACACAAAUGCAGCCAACGAUUAACGUAAAGUAAGUCUUUGUAAUGGCCAUUCUCUCUCUGCUGCGCUCACCGGCUCGUCUCGUUACACCGUCUCGGUUACGGUUUUGGGAGCCUCUCGGGAGUUUCUCGCUGUCCGCCCAACGUUGCUGCGCGUCGGACACUUCAAACUCGUCAGUUGAUCAUCUCAGCUCUGGAAUCGAGAGGUACAAGGACUUGCAGAAGUAUUUCAACAGGAGACUGAAGGCGACGUACCGCAAGUUCUCCAACGUACCCGAUCACUCGCUGGUCUGUGGACAUCACCAUGAGUAUUUCAUUGAGAGUGAUGGCAUCUACAGAACUGACCAGAGACAGAGUGAGCCGGUGCCAGAGCAGGUGCUAAAUCUAGGACACGUCUCUGUAAAGGAGACGGAGACGGGACUUGAUAAUGAAGACAGGAAGCAGAGGAUUCAGUGGACUGUCCAGAGAAUACGUCUGUCCCCACAGGAAAAGCAUCUGGCUGCAACACUAAAAACUACUCACAGGGAAGAGCCCAGGUGUGUGGUUGUGAGACUUGGAAAGAGAAAUGCCUCACCUGUGGAUCCCCCACGCAUCGUAUUCACGCUGGACAAAGUCUUGAGCUUUGAGUGGGCCACAGACGAGGUCCUGUUUUACACAACCCUGGAGGGUCUACGCUGCAGCAGAGCGUUUCGGCUGGACCUGACCUCCAGCGGAAGCGGGAUAACUUCUGUGUAUGAGGAGACGCAUCCUGAUGUGUUUGUGGAGGUCGCCCUUUCAAGAGACAGACAGAUACUGAGCAUCAACUGCAGCAGCAGGACCAGUUCAGAGGUGCUGCUGAUUGAUACGACGGCAUCCCAUUUGGAGCCCUUCCUGGUUCAGCCACGCCAGCUGGACCUCCUGUACCACGUGGAGCACUGGAGAAAGUGUCUGAUUAUACUGACUAAUACAGGGCCUGGACAAGAAUAUCAGGUUGUGCAGGCCCCUCUCUCAGAGCCACACAUGGUCUCUUGGGUGCCUUUGUUUGCCCCCGGCCCCGGCACUGCAAUCAAAGACAUGGAUGUGGUCGGCGACCACUGUGUGUUAGUUGCGAGAACACCAGCCGGUGAGCUCAUCCUGGUCGUGGUCCCGCUGACCCAUCCCAAAGAGGCAUACACUGUACAGCUCCCCUCCUGGGCCUGUGCCAUCCAAACCAAGAAACCAGGUGUGGCAGACCAACGCAGUGUGUUUGAGUUCUUGAUUUCAUCUCCAGUCCACCUCCCGGUGUCCUACUGUCUAUACCCUGAGGACGGGCUAUUUUUAUCAGGCACCAAAGACGGGACCUCCCCGGAGAGCCAGGGAAACUAUACCACCACACGCUUAGAGGCCUGCAACCAAGAUGGUACCUUGGUGCCGCUGACACUGUUUCAUUCAAAACCCGUGGAGAGUUUGCGUCAGGCGCCACUGCUGGUCCAUGUCUACGGAGCUUAUGGCCGAGAUCUCAACAUGGACUUCUGCCCAGAGAAAAGGCUGCUACUGGAGCAGGGCUGGACUCUGGCCUACUGCCACAUCAGAGGUGGAGGAGAGCGCGGCCUGUUCUGGCAAAGACAAGCUCGUGUCGAGGGAAAGCAGAGAGGAGUGGAGGACCUCCGAGCCUGCCUCAAUCACCUUUUCUCCUUAGGAGCCUCAUCUCCUUCACUCACUGCCCUCACAGCCUGCAGUGCUGGGGCUGUGCCAGUGGGAGCGCUGUGCAACAGACACCCACACAUGAUGCGGGCUGUUACGCUGCAGGCUCCUUUCCUGGAUGUGUUGGGAACUAUGGAGGAUCCCAGCCUGCCUCUAACUUUGGAGGAUAGAGAGGAAUGGGGGAACCCAGGAGGAAACCCAAACCAUAGACUCACCAUCUCCUCCUACUGUCCCCUUCACAACAUUACCCCUCAGUCCUACCCCUCGAUUCUGCUGACGGCCUACAGCGGUGAUGCCAGGGUUCCUCUGGCAGGCGUCCUCAGAUACACCGAGCAGUUAAAAAACGCCAUUCAUACACACUUCACCGGGAAUCCAAAGUCCGAAUGUAAACCAGCACCGAACGUAGUUCUGAAUAUUCAACCUGGAUCAAAUCACCAUGGACCAGAUGACUUUGAGUUGAUGCUGGAGGAGGAAGCCCUCACGCUGGCAUUCCUGUACACAGAGCUGGGCCUGGACCCUCGGCCUCCACGCAGGAGGAAGAGAUAGCACAGCAAUGACCUAAAUAUAUACCAUUAUGAUGACACAAUGGUGCCCAAAUCAAUAACAGUGAAUGUAUCUGCAAUGGUCCUCUUUUUUUUUUUUUACAUGACACAAAUAUUGUACAGAAGAGACGUGAAAAAAAGAAUCUUGAAACGUUUGAUUGCUGCUGUGAACUUUAAUAAUUGAGUGGCAU